AUGCCCAAGAGGACACAGCAGCCAAGCGCAGACACGAUCUCGUCGCUGCGGUCGGUGAUACCGGGGAUAUUCGACGCGGCACAGCGCAACAGCACAGGGCUGCGCAAGCACGCUGUGUCUCUGCGCAAAUUGCAGGUGCAAUGCCACGAGUUUGACAAAGCAGAGCUGACUGGCGAAGCCGCAUUCAACAAGGAAAUAAUCCGCAACCUGAACAAAAUGCUGGCGGUUAAGAAACGCGAGCCCAGCGCAGACCGCGUCGUCAAGCUGCUGGCGACGUUUGUGCAGGUCAGCUACGAGAAAGACCAGCAGGCAGCAGCAAAGGAAAAGGCCCAAAAGGACAAGGACGAUGUGUUUGGAGGUGACGACGACGACGAGGAUGAGGACUCUGUAUCAUCGCGGUUCGUUGAGCUCCUGAUCCGGUACUUGCUGCAGGGGUUCCAGGCGAAGGAGAAGAUGACACGGCUUCGGUGCUGCCAGAUCGUAGCCAUGUCAGUGACUUGUUUGGGUGAGAUUGACGAGGAGCUGUAUUUCGACUUGAUCAAGAAGCUCAGCGAGCGCAUCCGCGACAAGGAGGCGGGGAUUCGCGUGCAUGCAGCGAUUGCGCUUUCCAAGCUGCAGUCGGGCGAGGACGCCGAGGGCGGCGAAGUCACGGAUUCGUUGCUGAACCUCAUGCAGCAUGAUCCGAACGCAGAGGUGCGGCGGGCGGUGCUUCUAAACAUUGAGAAGAACACGGCCACCCUGCCGCUGGUGCUGGAGCGAGCGCGCGAUGUCGAUGCGACCAACAGAAAGUGCCUGUUCUUGAAAGUCAUGCCCAUCGAAGACCGCGAGCGGCUGCUGACAGCCGGAGUCAACGAUCGAGACGCCAAUGUCAAGCGAGCGUGCGUGCGCAUGAUUGGCGAGAGCUGGCUGACGUAUGCGGACCAGAACCUCCUGGAGCUGACAGCAGCGCUGGAUGUGGUUGACAGCCCCAAUGCAGCCAAGGUCAUGCAGGCGCUAUUCACGGCGUAUCCGGAGAUCCCAGAGAACCUGCAGUUCGACGAGGAGCUGUGGAACAACCUGUCGCCGGAGAUGGCGUUUGUGAUCCGGUCGACCCUCGAGUUUUUCAACGAGCGCAAGGACACGGACCGCAUGGACCAGCAUCUGCCAGAGGCAAUGAAGCUGGCGCAGCUGAUGGAGGUGUUUGGCGCCAAGCUCGAGGCAGCGACCGACGAUGAGUCUCGGCCCGACAUUGAGUUUGUGAUCCACCAGCUGCUGCUGAUCGCAAAGAUGUCCGACUUCCCCGACGAGCUCGGGCGGCGGGAGAUGCUGACGCUGAUGCGCAAGAUGCUGCUGGUGCCGGAGAUUCCCGAGAACAACAUCGAGGCUAUCGCCGACAUUAUCCGCAAGCUGUCGAUCAACGAGCAGGACUUUAUUCGCAUCAUGGUCGAAGUUGUGUCGGAUGUGCGCGAGCUGGGUGCUGCCAACGAGCCCGAAGACGCAGAGAAUGCCCGGCUCGAGGCACUGCUGGUCAGCAUCAAGUGCCUGAUCAUCAUCAAGUACAUUCUGCAGCGCUGCUUUGACGCGCUGUCAGAGGGCUCGUCCAUGUACGGUCUGCUCACCGAGUGCGUGGUGCCUGCCGUGCAGAGCUCCGAGAGCGUUCUGCAAGAGUACGGUAUCGAGUGUCUGGCGCUGUGCUGCUUGCUGGACAAGAAUAUGGCGGUCGACAACAUCGGCUUGUUUGCCCAGGCAGUGCGCCAGGGGGCUGGUGAGCUGCACACAAAGGGCCUGGCGGCAAUGCUGGAUCUGUCGUUCUUGUAUGGCGUGCGUGAGCUGGCGCCUUCGGUUGGGUCGGUCGAGGAGUUCAUGGAGGUGCUGUAUCUGGAGCUCGAGAGCGAAAGUUUGGCUGUGCAGGCGACUGUCGCCGAGGGCAUUGCACGGCUGCUGUAUGCGCGCCGAAUCCCCGAACCCGCUGCUGUUCUUGAGGAGCUGCUGGUGUUGUACUACCACCCAUCGACAGUCAACAACUACAGGUUGCGCCAGUGCCUGACCUAUUUCUUCCCGGCAUACAGCUACAUCACUCCAGAGAACCAGCAGCAGAUGCGCGACGUAGCUAUCGAGGCCAUCUGUCGCCUGAGCAAUCUCCUGAAGCAGACCGCAACCGCCGAUGCCCAGAGCACCGCCACGCCCGGACAGGUCGUGCAGCAGCUGGUCGCCUGGACAGACCCCCGUAUCUUCGAGGCCAUCUAUGCCAUGAACAAUAACGCGCCUAUUCGCUCGACAACACGCAUGGACGGGUUUGUCAAGCUGGGCAUCGACGCACUGAAGCGCACAUUCCGUGCCCCGCAUAACACCCGCAAGGUUCUAGUGCAGAUGCUCAACAAGCUGGGGCUCGACGAUGCGACGCCAAUGAUCCAGACGCAGGAGCUGUUUGUGCUGGCGCGCGCAUUGGCCGACAAGCAGCUGAUCACCGACAUGAUCACCAAAAACGCCCUGCAUCGCUUCGAGACGCUGCUUCUGAAGCUGCUUGAUGUUGACAAGGUAGAGGAUGCUACCAUGGAGGCGUGGAGGGAGGAGCCCGAAAUGGCGAGUGUCUUUGAGUUCCUUGCUGUCGUGGAGACGGAGUCGCCGGAGCAACACAACUUUGACAUCGACGGUGUCAGUGCCAGUGAUUCUGAGUCGGAUGAAGAUGCACCAGUACCGCCCAGGACGCCUGUAACACGCAGAGCUGCAGCUCUCUCGAUGAUAGAUGACGGCACACCAUCGUAUCACAGUCCUAUGAAGCUUGCCAAAGAGGCACGUAUCGAGGAGAUUACGCGCGAUCUUGACAAUUUGCUCUCCGCAUCAUCCGAAGAUGAGGACGAUGAAUCCGACGAGGAUGUGUAUCAAGAGUAA